AUGACUGAGGUGGAGCCUGUGCUGGAUUUUGCAUCAUCAGGGCGCACUGGCCGAAGAAACGCCUUGCCAGAUAUCCUGGGUUCGCCAGCUGGUGUCAGCCCCACCGACUUGCCCCUGAAACUGGCAGAAAUGUCUAUUAACUCAGGGGUGGGAUUCUGCCGGUUAUUCUGGCUCUGUGGAACCAGUAGCUCUGAAGAGCAGCAGACAUAG